AUGGGCUCUACCAUCUCGGGAUCUAGUAAACACAAGAAACAAAAAACCGUCAUCAAAGCAGCAAAUCAUCUAAAACUCGCAACAAUUCCACAUCCCUUCAACAUCUUGCCACUGGGAAAUCUCUAUUUGGCUUCCAAGGAUGAUACUGAAAAGAGAACGACUGGACUUGGAAGGCUCCAUCGUUUGCCAGACGAGCUACUCGUCACAUUUCUCGCACAAUUGCAUCUCAGUGCUCGAGAUCUAUGCAGAUUAUCACAAUGCAGUCAAAUGCUCUAUGCUUUCUCUCGGAACGAUGAUCUAUGGCGAAGCAUGUAUACCCGAGAUUUUGGUUCGAAAGGCGGUCUCAAUUUUAAAUCUACUUGGCUUUAUACCUAUGCCACAUCAUCAGCUGCGCAUGUCGCAGAACCACGACCGAUUCGCUUACGUGGAAUCUACUCUGACGUGCUAUACCUUCCACACUUUUAUAACACUGUCCCACUUGAUCGAUUGUGUGGUGUAAAUGUAGAAAACAUUGACCGUAGAUCGUGUCUGUCUCUAGACUCGUUCAUUGCAGAAUACGGCAUACCAAACAAACCAGUCAUAAUAACUGACAUUGUCACCAAAUGGCCAGCAUUUGAGAAAUGGAAUGAAGAGUAUCUCUUAAAGCAGUGUGGAGAAAGGACCUUUCGUGCUGAAGCUAUAGACUUAACUAUGAACGAGUACCUGAACUAUGCCCGUCAGUGUCAUGAGGAAGCGCCAUUGUAUCUUUUCGAUAAGAAGUUCGGCGACUCGUCAUCCUUGACGCAGGACUUUACAGUCCCUCCAUACUUUCAAGAGGACAUGCUUGCUCUCCUUGGUGACAAAAGGCCAGAUUACAGGUGGCUGAUUGUUGGUCCAACCAGAUCAGGCUCAACAUUCCAUUUGGAUCCAAACUCUACCUCAGCCUAUAACGCAGUGAUUAAAGGAAGCAAGAAAUGGAUCAUGUAUCCACCAGGCACUCUACCUCCAGGUGUCUACCUUUCAGAAGAUGGCUCUGAAGUAACGUCACCGUUGUCUGUGACUGAAUGGUUUGUCAACUUCUACUCUCGGCAAAACGACACCUCUGCAGUUAAACCAAUAGAAUGUGUCUGUCGUGCAGGAGAAGUCAUUUUUGUUCCUUAUGGAUGGUUUCACCUGGUAGUAAACCUCGAGCCAUCAAUCGCCUUAACGCAAAACUUCACAUCCUCAUAUGCAUUACCAAAAGUACUGGAUUGGUUGGAAACUAAUCCAGAACAGGUUUCAGGAUAUAGUGGCCAAGACUUGUACAGUGAUUUGAAGCAGGCUUUGGUAUCGUCACGACCUGAUCUUGUGCUAUCCGAGUCAACGCAUGAAGGCAAAACACAACAGCAACCGUCAACAGCAAACACAACUAGUACUUGGACUCAAAUCCAACAAUCACAACAAGACUCGAAACCUUUUAGCUUUGCAUUUUAUAACGAUGAUAUUUGA